CAGUCUGAUAUUUACUACACUACACGGAAACGAUAUGAGAAACUAAUUGAUCAGUUUUGCUCGAAGGUUAAUUAAAUUAUUUUGAAGACACAUCGCCAUGCAUUUAAAGGAAUACAGAAUAUGCAUGCCCCUCACGGUUCAAGAGUACCGUAUUGGCCAGUUGUUUAUGAUUGCGAAACACAGCCAUGAGCAGAGCCAAGAGGGGGAGGGAGUGGAGGUCGUCAAGAACGAGCCCUGUGAACAUGAGGAGCAUGGGAAAGGACAGUUUACCGAGAAACGGAUACACCUGUCCAGCAAACUUCCCCAGUGGAUCCGCUCCAUGAUUCCUGCGAUCUUCUACAUCACAGAGAAGGCGUGGAACUACUAUCCCUACACUAGGACAGAAUACACAUGUUCAUUCAUCCCCCGAUUCUCGGUGCAUAUAACGACCAAGUAUGAAGACAACAAUGGUUCUACAGAAAAUUGCCAUAACCUGAGCGAGGAGGAGUUGAGUCAGCGUGAGGUGGACUUUAUAGACAUUGUUAGCGACCCUAUCGACGAGAGCAAGUACAAGGAGGAAGAGGAUCUCACAAAAGUGAAAUCAACCAAGACAGGACGAGGGCCAUUUGGAAAGGACUGGAGGGAUACUACCUCACCAGUUAUGUGUUCAUACAAAGUUGUUCGCUGCUUCUUUGAGGUCUGGGGUCUACAGACAAAAGUGGAAGGAUAUGCUCAAAGGUCAUGUCGAGAUGUGAAUCUCCUUGGACACAGACAGGCCAUCUCCUGGAUGGACGAAUGGAUAGGCAUGAACCUGGAUGAUAUACGCGCCUACGAGACAGAAAUGAACAAGAAGACUAAUCAGAAAGUUCUCCAGGAUGUGGGUGAGCUCCCCACCGAAUGUUCCCCGUGCGAGGUAGGAGACAACGUGGACGCCUUGUAACAUCAGCACAUGUGGAAUAGUGUGUUUGGGCUCGCAUCUAAGAACAUUAUUUUUGGCCUGUGGCCUUGUUUGUUUUUCAAGUAUAAAUGUCUGGAUAUUGUGAUAGACUUGGUGUCGUCAGCAGCAGUGUCAGGCAGAAUUUUUUACCUUGACCGUAAUUCUACUCUAGACAUGAAAAUAAGUAGACAUGAAAGUUAGUAUACAUGAAAGUUAGUAAACAUGUCACCAUUGACAUUUCACUUACAUGUAUAAGGGGUCAUUAAUCUAGCUGUAUUGUUUUUGGAGUAAAGACCCUUGAUAGACUAAAAAUAUUGAUGAGCGUUGACAUCCUCCUAUGGUGUUCAGAUGUUGUUUGAUACGGUUGAGAUUUUAAUCUUAUCCUGUGGAUGAUUUUGAAAUACACUGCCUUGUCAUUGUUAAAAAUCUCUGGAAUAUAUAUACAUAUAAAUAUAUAUUGUUAUGGUGAACAAUGGGUCAAUUGUUCAGAACUUUGAUAAAGUGAACAAGUAUCUCUAUUUAACUGUGUCUCAUAGACUCACUUGUUAUCUGCAGUUGAGACCAGCUUUCCUCAUUGUAUGUAAGAAUGGUGGUUAAAGGGUUUUAGUAUGUAUUUACCAAAUUAAAAGGUUUCAUUCAACACAGCUUACUGUUUGAGAUUAGGAUUGGUCUACUGGCCCAGCCUCUGUUUAAAUCCACCAUUUCACUUGAUUAAAAUCAAUAACCACUGACUGCUGAUUUAAACAAAAAAAUGUAUGGCAGAUUUGAAUAAUACUGCCAUCCCAUUAGAAAAAAAAUAUCUUUCAAUGAUUAGAUAAAAACAAUGAAUACAUGAUAAUUAGUUCGCCUUUUAAAGUUAACAUUAAUGCCUUGAGCAAUGCUGUUUCAUCAAUGCUUUUAAGAAAACAAAUUUCUGAACAAAUGGUCGAUUGUAUAUUAAAAUGUACCUUAUGUUUGAAUUGAUUGGAAUGUUUUACAUGUAACUUGUUUGUGAUAAGCUAAGUGUUGUUGGAAGAGUUUACAAGAUGGUAAUGGAACAUCCAGUAUUGGAGUUUGAAUCAUUGUUUAGUGUUAUUGAUAUUAUAUUAUAAUGUAGUUGUAGUUGUUCUACAAGUAGACACAGCGAAUAGAUAGAAUCAAAUCCCACACACACUGAUCUCUGCGAAAUCCUCAAAUUUUAAGCACAUUCUUCACCACCCUUCCAUGCAUUAUUUACCUGCUUCUGACCAUCAUAUUUAUAUUUAUUUAAUGCUUUCAUUCCCACUUAAUAGUGUGAACACUUGACAAGUCACACUUUUAAAUUAGAGUGAAGACACUAAUUUAGCCCUUAAAGAUUAUGAUUUUAUUAGAUUUGUUUUUUUUAGAUUUCUGAAGUUAAAAUGUGUUUCCCCACCUUAUCACUGUAUUAUUUUACUAGCCAUUUUGUAACUUGUAAAUACAAGAAAUACAUAAAAAAAAUAAACAUACUAUUAUAAAUAAUCAGACGUAACUAGUCAAUGCUCAUACAUAUAUUUACAUAAUCAUGAUUAUAGUGUAACUAUUAUAAUGCAAUAUGAUACAACUUCAAUAUUGUUCUCACAUAUCCCUCUCGUUACUGCUUGGAGCUGCUGAUACUCAUUGUAUAUACACCGUGUAAAUGAUUCCAAUUAUAUAAUGUUUCAUUUCUUGUACCCAUUAUCACAAUGCAUUUCUCUCAAGCAUUAGAAAGUAUGACUUUAUGCUGAUAUAACAAACAUGCCUACAUGCUGCUGCCUGAAUGUGCUGACUUCUUGACAUAUAUAGAUGUGCAGCUUCAACAUUUCAGCAUUUUUAAUGAAAAUAUGGCAUUCAUUGGAACAAAACUAUUCUUAAGACCUCAACUUCUUUGGACUAUCUCCUGCUUAUAAUUUGUUGAUGAGAUAAGACUUAUUUAGUGACCACUGUGCUGUUCAGCCAGCUGAUUUUAUAUGAUGUUUAAAUUUCUUUCAAGAUUUUUUUUCUUCAGUGUUAUAAUUGGAUUACCUGAAAUAUUUUUGUACAAUUCACAAAUUUUAAUAUUAACAUUCAUCUGCGUAUGAAAACAUUUGGUCAGUGCACAGAUAAUCACAGAUGGUAAUUGACAUAUUUUUUCAUGCACUAAUGAUACACAUACAGUUUUCAUUGCAAUGAUUCUCAUAUACAUGUAUAAUUUAUGUGUUGAUCUGUUUCUUAGACAACAUGUACAAAUAGCAGAGUGACUUAAUGGAGUUUGUUACUGUCAGUGAGAUAAGAAACCUCAAUUUUGCAAUUAUAUCAGGCAGGGAUGAUAAAAGUCAGGAUUGUUCCUGACAUCAGGUUUGAGAAUGUUCAAUAUCUGACUAUCAGUCAUUUGUUAAGUUUUUUUGUUUUUUUGGCAGGAUGACAUUGCAUUUAAGGUGGUGAUUUGGUGAUUGUACCUUUAAAUUGUUAUGAAGUAUUUAAAACAAUUUUAACAGGAGUCGAGGCCAAUUGACCUUGCUUUUGGCCUGAAUACCUCAAACUCAAAUUUUCAGGAUGGGGAUCUUGGGUCAGUUACCAUCCCUGAUCAGGUGAGGGGGUCUUAUUUUAUGGCGGAUACUCAAAACAAGAUCAUCGGCAUUAAUUUAUAUUUAUUUAUUUUUUUGUGAAAUUACAAUUAUAUGUAGUAUUUGAUGAAGCAUUUUAUACAGCAUUUUAGAUUUGCAGAGCAAUGCUAGAGCUUAUUUUGUACUUGAAAUGUAUGGAUUAGUUUUGCUACAUUCCAAAUUGUCAUACAAAAGUUGUCGUUUUCCUGCUAGUUGAGGGCAUAGAUGUAAUGCUGUGUACUAUCCUUAGUUUCAUGGCUAUUUUGGUUAUGUUGGUAGUUUGUAAUUAAUUACCUCUGUAGGUCACAACCCUUUCAAAGACUUUUAAACAAUUAAAUAUGCUUUAUGUUUGACAAUCAACAAAAGAAAUACAGCAAAGGAAUAUUUCCAGUUCCCCUUCAGAUUCUGCUGUAAGAAGGAAUUUUUUUUUAUAUAUUUUCAUAAAACUGUUACACAGUCAGUUGAACAAUUUCAAUGCUUGUUUAUGAUUCCAAAUCUUUAGAAGACUCAUGCUUUAGCUUUUAUCAAAAUAAUUUUAGUACUGCAAUACUGUAACCUUUUGUUCACAGUUGAAAUAUGUGUUCAGGCUAUAGUAUAUUAUAUGUAUUUAAUGAAUGUGUCCCUUCUUUGUAUAUCUAAAGUUGAUCAGUCCGUAUAUCACUGUAUUUAAAUAUAAAUCCAGUUUAUGAUGUCAGCGUUCUAUCAUAUUUUUGGCUGACCCAGACCUUGCCAUAAAUAUAAUAUGGGCAGUUGACAUCAAACAAUUCAGCUUGCUCUUUUCACAACGGCAAAACAUUGUCGCAAUAAAACAUUAUUUGCUUUGUUCAAUAAAACACAUCUAUAGCGCUUUGAAAAUAUUCAAUAUGGUAUAAAAUGUUUGGUAUAAUAUUAAAAACAUUUACACAUGACUUCAGGCCAUAUGGCAUAAGGACCGGCCAGUCAACCCCCCGAAGGUGAAUGGACCUCGGUUAAUGCCUCGAUCCAUUUACACUUGCAGUGGCUGACUGGCCGGUCCUUAUAAUGUCAUAUCACCCUCAGUGGUGUGUAAUACUUCUUAAAUAGGUAUAAAUAUGUUCUGCAUAUAGUCACUAGUGUAUUGUUUAUUUUUAUUUUAAGCAAAAACAUUAACCCUUGUUUUUAUGUCACAAAAUUUAUCAUGGUUCUUUAUAAAUACAAUCAAUGUAAGAUCAUACAAUAGAUAAUAAGCCAAGUGAACUUAUUUAUGUUUUCAUUGAAUGAAAUGUAAAGAAGGCUAAUGGUUUCUACUGUAUUUAGUUUAUGGAGAUCAUUUUGCAGUUCAAGUUUGCAAUGUACCAGCGGGAUGGUGUAAAACUCCCAUAUGAAAAUUUGAGAAAUAGCUUCUGUAUAUGUUCAUAUAUCAAUGAGCGCAGAAAAAGGGAAUUCACUUUUGUAAAUUGAACACAUGAUAUAUUUAGUGAUGAAAUACCCCCAAUAACCACUGAUUAACACCAGGAAAACUAAAUCAUACAACAAAUUAACCAUGAAGAUAUCAAACUAUGGCAUAUUAUUUGUAAUGUAGAGUCAGUUUUUUUCAGCUGAGUUUGUUUUUUUGAUGAGUUUUUAUUUUAUGUUGUCUAUUAGACUGUUGUUUUUAUUUGCUCAAUGUUAAGUUGAAAUUGAUAAUAAUGUAUAAAUUGUGUUUUAAAAGAAAUGUACAACGCAUAGUUGUAGUUUGCGAUCCUAUCAUGUUGUACAAUAUUGAUGGGGAAUUUUGUCUAUCAUGUUGUACAGUGUUGAUGGGGAAUUUUGUCUAUCAUGUUGUACAGUGUUGAUGGGGAAUUUUGUCUAUCAUGUUGUACAGUGUUGAUGGGGAAUUUUGUCUAUCAUGUUGUACAGUGUUGAUGGGGAAUUUUGUCUAUCAUGUUGUACAAUGUUGAUGGGGAAUUUUGUCUAUCAUGUUGUACAAUGUUGAUGGGGAAUUUUGUCUAUCAUGUUGUACAAUGUUGAUGGGGAAUUUUGUCUAUCAUGUUGUACAAUAUUGAUGGGGAAUUUUGUCUAUCAUGUUGUACAGUGUUGAUGGGGAAUUUUGUCUAUCAUGUUGUACAAUGUUGAUGGGGAAUUUUGUCUAUCAUGUUGUACAGUGUUGAUGGGGAAUUUUGUCUAUCAUGUUGUACAGUGUUGAUGGGGAAUUUUGUCUAUCAUGUUGUACAGUGUUGAUGGGGAAUUUUGUCUAUCAUGUUGUACAGUGUUGAUGGGGAAUUUUGUCUAUCAUGUUGUACAGUGUUGAUGGGGAAUUUUGUCUAUCAUGUUGUACAAUGUUGAUGGGAAAUUUUGUCUAUCGUGUUGUACAAUGUUGAUGGGAAAUUUUGUCUAUGGUGUUGUACAAUGUUGAUGGGGAAUUUUGUCUAUCGUGUUGUACAAUGUUGAUGGGGAAUUUUGUCUAUCGUGUUGUACAAUGUUGAUGGGGAAUUUUGUCUAUCGUGUUGUACAAUGUUGAUGGGGAAUUUUGUCUAUCGUGUUGUACAAUGUUGAUGGGGAAUUUUGUCUAUCGUGUUGUACAAUGUUGAUGGGGAAUUUUGUCUAUCAUGUUGUACAAUGUUGAUGGGGAAUUUUGUCUAUCAUGUUGUACAAUGUUGAUGGGGAAUUUUGUCUAUCAUGUUGUACAAUGUUGAUGGGGAAUUUUGUCUAUCAUGUUGUACAGUGUUGAUGGGGAAUUUUGUCUAUCAUGUUGUACAAUAUUGAUGGGGAAUUUUGUCUAUCAUGUUGUUCAAUGUUGAUGGGGGAAUUUUGUCUAUCAUGUUGUUCAAUGUUGAUGGGGAAUUUUGUCACAUAUCCAGGUUUUGAAACGUUCAUGAAUAUUACUUUUGAAAUUAAUUUUAUGUAGAAUUUUAGACACAAACUGUUAUAAUAAAACAUCAGUACAUUGCGAUCUUUGUUAUGAGCUGAUCAAAACAUGCACAAAUAAAUCGUCAUUAUCCAGA